CGUGGGAACCACAAGCUCACCUUAUCUCGCCUGACAUUCCUUUAGCCUUUUGUUUCUCUAAAGGUCUCUAAGGGUCUCGCUCAUUUUCUCAAACAAUGGAGUCAGAGAGAGUCUCCCUCCCGUCUCUUCCUCACUCAGAAGCUCCUUUCUACCACGUGUGGUCAAACGGGAGCGUAUCCAGUGGCGUCCCUACCUCUCCUUCCUCAUCUUCCGGUCAGGGGAACACGCCCAGGUCUCAUUCCCCUCUCUUCUCCUCCUCCUCCCUCAUUGAUAAGAUUCAGUCACGGAUUGAUGGAGGCGAUAAGUUUUUCUCUCUCGAGUUCUUUCCGCCCCGUACCCCAGCCGGGGCCAGUAACUUGAUAGCGAGGUUUGAUCGCAUGUUCUCCGGUGGUCCGCUGUUCUGUGACGUUACAUGGCAUGCAGCCGGUGACCCAGGCGGUGACAAGGAAACCAGCUCUGUCAAUAUUGCCAAUGCUGCUCUUAAUUUCUGUGGCCAUGAGACAAUGCUCCACAUCACAUGUGCCGAGUAUAGCAAAGACGAAGUGAAGGCACAUUUGACGAAAGCCAAGAACCUCGGGAUCAAAAAUAUACUAGCACUACGUGGAGAUCUUCCUGAUAACUGGAUGCCUAAGCCUGAUGGGUUUAGCUAUGGGACUGAUCUGGUGAAAUUCAUGAAGCAAGAAUUUGGAGAUACUUUUACUAUUUGUGUAGCAGGUUAUCCUCAUGGCCAUCCCGACUGUCCUGAUUAUCUAGAAGACAUCGUUCACCUAAAGGAGAAAGUUGAUGCAGGUGCCGACUUCAUAAUAACCCAACUCUUUUUCGAGACCUCCACUUAUCUCAAAUUCUAUCGGGACUGCCGUGAGGUGGGCAUCAAGGUCCCUAUAAUCCCCGGGAUCCUCCCUAUUCAAGGCUACCAGUCCCUCCGGUCUCUUACCAAGCUAUCGAAACUUGAAGUACCUCAUAAUAUACGAGAGGCGAUACAGCCAAUAAAGGACGACGAUGCUGCUGUGAGGAGCUAUGGGGUCCACUUGGCUGUGCAGAUGUGUCGCGAGCUGUUGGAUAGUGGAGUGGUCAACGGUCUUCAUUUUUAUACGCUCAAUCGCGAAGUCGCUGUGGUUGACAUUCUGAAGCAGUUGGGUCUUUGGUGCGAAGACCCGCUCGCCAUGAAGGCUCUACCCUGGAAGCAGUCCGGGAACUCUAAGAGGCGUUGUUCCGAAGACGUGAGGCCUAUAUUUUGGGCUAGCAGACCAAAGAGCUACAUAUACAGGACACAGGAAUGGGACGAUUUUCCUAAUGGGAGAUGGGGAGCAUCUGAGAGUCCUGCCUUUGGAGACCUUAAGGAUUAUUAUUUGUUCUAUUUGUGCCUGCGGAGCAAGCCAGAAACGUGUCGGGCAAUGUGGGGGGAGGAGCUUCUUGCCGUUAGUGACGUCCAUCACGUCUUUGAGUGCUACAUAACAGGACAAAAGAAUAAAAAUGGCGUCAAGGUAACCUCUCUUCCUUGGAACGAUGAAGAACUAGCUAUAGAGACCUCACUGAUUGUCGCACACUUGGCUCAUGUUAAUCGUCAUGGGGUCCUCACUAUCAACAGUCAGCCAGCUGUCAACGGGGCCAGCUCUUCUGACCCUGUUCAUGGCUGGGGAAACAAUGGAGGAUAUGUCUAUCAAAAGGCAUAUUUGGAGUUUUUCGCUAGUAGAGAGUUUGUUGCAAGUCUGAUCGAGGUCCUGCCCUCAUACCCGUGGGUCAAUUACCACAUUGUCAACAAGGAGGCUACGAUGAAUAUCACUAACUGUAACCCUCACAAUGCCAUUGCUGUUACUUGGGGCGUGUUCCCUGGGAAAGAGAUAAUUCAGCCGACUGUUGUUGAUCCUGUUGCUUUUCAUUAUUGGAAAGAUGAAGCCUUUACUAUAUGGCACACACAUUGGGCCAAUCUUUAUCCCCAAGGAUCUCAAUCUCGCUCUCUCAUAGACCACAUUCAAAACACCUACUGCCUUGUCAAUCUUGUUGACAAUGACUACAUACGAGGUAACCAGCUCUGGUCUCUGAUCGAUGACGUCUUGGUCAACACUGGCGCCAUUACUGAGCGGUUCAAUCCGGAACAAUUCACCACCAGCCGUUAAUAAUUACCUGAUGAAUUACACGGUCUCUUUCCUUUCCUUAGUGAAAGUUUGUAGUGAUAGACUUUUAUUUCUUAUAAUUAUUAUUUAUUGUUGAUAGUUAUUAUUAUUAUUAUUUAUUGAGUUUUUUGCUAUAUUUGCGAAUUGUAUUCAACCAAGAA